AUGAGCUCAACUCCUAGCGAUGUCGCUGCUCCUCCGACAAAAACACGGCUAGCAGGUGUCAAGGCCGCGCUGAAAUAUACGGGGAUCCCGCCGUCAUGGCUCGACAAGCGACCUAAGCUGCCUUCGCGCAACUGGCUCAUCUUCAUCGGAGUCACGUCCACCCUCGCGGGUGCGUACAUCUAUGACUACCGGCAAUGCAGAAAAAUCCGCCAGGAGUACGUCGACAAGGUAAAGUACCUCGCACAGGAGCCCCUAGGCAGCCUUGACUACCCGCGCAAGGUGACCGUGUACGGGACGAAGUGGCCUGGUGAUGAGGACUCGCAGCGGAGCAUGCGAUACUUCCGGAAGUACGUCAAGCCGAUCCUCGUAGCCGCCGCUGUGGACUAUGAGAUGGUUAAUGGGAGACGCUACGGUGAUCUUGCACGCCGCAUAGCGGAGGAAAUCAAGAAGAAGCGGAGGAUCGAAGUCGGAUUAGACCAACCGCCUGCGCCGCCCAUGCUUCUUCCUCAGGCUUCUCCAGAGGAGAAACGGCGGCGCGAGCUCGAGGGCGGGAUUGUCAUUGUUGGUCGGCCUACAUUCAAGGAAUUUAUGGCUGGUCUCAAACGUGGCUGGACUGACAGUCUUGACCUCGUGGACAGGGAGGAGCAGCUUUCGCGAGAUUUAGAGUCAGAUGGCCGGUUUGAUGAACCAGAACCGGAGCCAGAGGCUAGUGCAGACAUCGACGGCGAGCCGAUACCGACCGCCUCGCGUCUGCCGCCCUCCAAGCCAUUCGCUGCCUUCAGUCCACCCAUAAUGCACGGGCUGACACCAACACCAUCAUCCUUCUCUCCUUCAUCAUCUUCGUCGGGAUCUUUCAUCCCUGCAGAGUUGAAUACGCCACCCGCCAGCAUCCCUCCCCAGCCUCCAAUUGUCUUCGUGCACUUCAUCAACCACAUAGGCUUCUCGCAGAUCCCGCACAUGAUUUGGGACUUCUUCAAUGAGCGGCAUAGAGUCCGUGAAGGCGCACAAGAUGCCUACAGGCUCAUUGUCGGCCAGACGCGUCCGUUCGUCGCGCCUCCGCCAGAAGUUCUCACCCAGGUAUCCGACGCAGACGCAGAUCUCGACCCCAGCACGUCACCUGCACAGCCGCACCUCACAGAGUUCCUGCCGUCCGAUCUCAACUUCGACAAGGACGCCGAAACAUACUAUAAAAAGUCCCUUGUGCGCUCAUUCGCGUCAGACAUUGCAAAGGCGCGCGAGGAGUACUAUGCUGCGCUCCCGAAGCGACUCGAGACGGCGCGCGCUCUGGCGUGGGGCGCCCGUGAGCCAACGAAGGACGAGCGGAGCUAUCCGCCGCCGACGGAGGUCGAGCUGCGCGCGGAGCGGAUGAAGAAGGAGCUACGCUGGCGUGCAGAUGAGGAGGGAUGGGAGAUAAUAAGGCCGGACAAAGAGGUGGAUUGGGACGAGAGGUUCAGAGAGGCGUUGAAGGUGUUCGUCAAUUCUCUGUCUGAAUCGGAGAAUGCGAAGGCAGAGGGCGAGGGCGGCGAGAAUAAGUCAUGACCGGAUCGAUGAAUGCGGUCUAUCUCCCAAUUCUUGACUAGCUCACUAAGUAUCGUACAGCUUCGGGGGGCUAAGCUGCAAGCCCUGCCGCUAAUCUUGAACCAGCGGCGAAUCCGCAGGCACAUACCACCUGAAGGUUGGACCUGCGCGUGGGCGGAACUAAGGUGGAACGAUCAAAUGAAGGAUGGCGAAGCUAUCGUUCGUAGUUGAUUAUUAUAGAGUAUGCGAGCUAUCGCCCUAAGCAUCCUCGCUGCGAGAAGUAAAGUGGACACGUAGAAAUCGAAUGCCCAAAUCACAUCGUUCAUCCU